AAAAUAAAAAAAUCUGUUAAGACAAAGUCGCGAUUAUGAUGUUGUUGUAGUAGAAGAGAGAAGAAAGGGAUCUCAAGUGAUUUUCAUUAUCUGCCUCGUGCAGACUGCAGCAUAGUGCUCUACGUUAUUCAUUGUACGAUUCGGUAUUGCCGUUGAAAUUUUAAACCAUCUCUCUUCUCUCUCUUCCGCCAUUCUCACCGCGAACCAAACAAUCCACUAUUUCAGUUGAAAAUUCCAAAGUGAAGCAAAAGAUCAAGAGAAUCCAAUCCGAAGCGAUGAACUGCAUCUACAAAGACCCUUUAGCCCCAAUCGAGGCAAGAAUCAAGGACCUCCUCUCUCAAAUGACGCUCAAGGAGAAACUCGGCCAAAUGACUCAGAUUGAGCGCGUCGUCGCCACCCCUUCCGCCAUUAAAGACCUCUCCAUAGGGAGUAUACUGAGUGUUGGUGGGAGUGGGCCUUUCGAGAACGCAAGGUCCUCAGAUUGGGCGGCCAUGGCGGACACCUUCCAGAAGGCUGCGCUGCAGUCACGGCUUGGGAUCCCGUUGCUGUAUGGGAUUGACGCUGUUCAUGGUAACAACAAUGUCUAUGGGGCUACCAUUUUUCCUCAUAACAUAGGCCUUGGAGCUACCAGAGAUGCUGACUUGAUCCAGAGGAUUGGUGCUGCAGCAGCUCUUGAAGUUAGGGCAAGCGGAAUUCACUACACUUUUGCUCCAUGUGUUGCUGUUUCUAGAGAUCCUAGAUGGGGAAGAUGCUAUGAAAGUUUUGGUGAAGACCCUCAGAUUGUUAAGAUGAUGACUUCGAUGGUCACGGGCUUGCAAGGACAACCUCCCCAAGGAUACCCAAGCGGCUAUCCCUUCGUUGCUGGAAGAGAAAAUGUUGUUGCAUGUGCAAAGCAUUUUGUAGGAGACGGUGGCACCAGGAAUGGCAUUAACGAGGGAGAUACUAUAUCAUCAUAUGACGAACUGGAGAGAAUUCACAUGGCUCCUUACCUUGAUUGCAUCGCUCGAGGAGUAUGCACUAUCAUGGCAUCCUACUCUAGCUGGAAUGGGACCAAGCUACACAGUAGCCGUUUCCUUCUUACCGAAAUUUUGAAAGAAAAGCUCGGAUUCAAGGGGUUUAUCAUUUCCGACUCCGAAGGCCUCGACAGGCUAUCCAGUCCUCAUGGAUCCAACUACCAGCAGAGUGUUCUUUCAGCAAUCACUGCAGGAAUCGAUAUGGUGAUGGUUCCUUUCCGGUAUCAAUUAUUUCUGGCGGAUUUGCUGCAUUUGGUGGAGUCUGGGAAAAUACCAAUCACCAGAAUCGAUGAUGCAGUCGAAAGAAUUCUCAGAGUAAAAUUCGCCUCUGGCCUCUUCGAACAUCCCCUGAGUGAUGGAUCGUUUUUGGGUACAGUCAGAUGUGAGCAACACAAGCAACUAGCACGUGAAGCAGUUCGCAAAUCCUUAGUCCUGUUGAAGAACGGUAAAGAUUCAAAGAAGCCGUUUCUUCCACUGGACCGAAACGCUAAAAGAAUUCUUGUGGUCGGAAGGCAUGCUGACGAUCUGGGAUAUCAAUGUGGCGGGUGGACAGCGACUUGGGAGGGAAAGAGCGGCAGAAUAACCACUGGCACUACAAUUUUGGAAGCUAUAAGAGAAAUUGCUGGGGCCAAAACAGAGGUCAUAUAUGAAGAAAAUCCAUCUGGAGCCAUAGAUGGGAGAGAAUAUUCCUUCGCCAUCGUUGUCGUUGGCGAGGGUCCGUACGUGGAAUCUGGCGGCGACAGUUCAGACCUCAAGAUUCACUUCAACGGAACCGAACUUGCCAGUGCCGUUGCUGAUCAAGUCCCCACAUUGGUGAUCUUGAUAUCCGGCAGGCCUGUGACUAUAGAGCAACGGCUCUUGAAUAAAGUGCACGCUCUCGUUGCUGCGUGGCUGCCCGGCAGCGAAGGGAGUGGAGUCGUGGACGUCAUCUUCGGAGAUCACGAGUUCCAAGGAAGGCUCCCGAUGACCUGGUUUAAGGACGUCGCGCAGCUCCCCAUGCACACGGAGAGCAACUCGUACGACCCUCUGUUUCCGGUCGGGUACGGCUUGACGAGCAGCAACGAUGCUCUCAAGGACUAAAUGCUCAUUGUUUUGCAUUUUAGUUAGUCUCAUUAUCAUUAUAGGUUAUAUCGGCUUAAUCCUUUUCAACCUUAUUGCUUGUGUUAGGGCUUCGAAAAUUUACAGAAUGCUGUGAAAUCGCCACAUCAUGCAGUGUAAAUCGAGUCUAAACGAGCUUUCAAUAAUUAAAUUUCUUCUCAUGCUAA